AUGGUAUCCUGGCCAAUUCCGAUUCCCGACAAUUGCCCUUUCACUUUUGCAAACCUCCCUUUUGGUGUUUUUAGCACAACUGCCAACAAUGAGAAACACAUCGGUGUUGCUAUUGGGGAUUUUAUCAUUGAUUUAUCUUCACUAGAGUAUCACUUGGAUGAUCCAAGUUUCGAGUGUCUGGGUAGAGACCCGAUGUUUCAAAAUGGUGACCUUGAAAGGUUUGCGAGCUUACCUGCCGAGAUACAGAAACAAUGGCGAGAAAUGAUGAUCAGUUGGCUGAAUGACCCAGAAUCGCUAUUGUUCAAGAGCGAGACAGGAAACGUAACUAAAUUCGUUGCCAUGGAGGAUGCCAUUAUGCAUCUGCCUUUUGCAAUUGGCGCUUUCACAGAUUUCAUGUGCUCAGAUAUCCAUAUUGAAAACUGCAGUAGACUCGCUGGGGGAUCUAUACCACCGGGUCAUUACAACUUUCCUCUAGGCUACAAUGGCAGAGCCUCCUCUGUGAUUGUUUCAGGCCAGCAAGUUCAUCGACCACAAGGUGUUGUGAGUAGCAAGCAAGAUUCGUCAUACAAAUACCAACCGAGUAAGAUGGUAGACUACGAGGUAGAGAUAGGAAUACUCAUCGGGAAGCAUCUGCCGCUUGGUAAAGUUAUUACUGCGGAUGAGGCUGAUGAGUAUAUUUUUGGAUUUGUUUCUCUAAAUGACUGGUCUGCCAGAGACAUCCAAUUUACAGAAAUGAUUCCUCUCGGUCCGCUCAAUGGCAAAAGCUUUGCUACAAGCAUAUCACCUUGGGUGGUUACGUUUGAAGCGAUGAAACCACACCGGUGCCCCUCUACUGUAGUAGAUUUGCGAGAUGGAGGAUUGGCUGGCGUACCGCACAUGUGCCACGAGAAGAUCGAUUCUACAUGGGACCUCGAAGUCGAAGUGUCGGUAUUGAGAACGAGUCUGUAUGGGCAGAAACCAAUCUUGACAACUCGCUCUAAGCUAUGUGAUCUUCGCUGGUCUCCCGGUCAGAUGUUAGCGCAUCUCUCUUCUUCCGGUUGCGGUUUCAAAAUCGGAGACCUUGUCGGCACAGGUACCAUAUCAUCCCCAGUAAGUGGCUAA